UUUUCGUUGGUCUCUCCUGUACACGGCUGGCCGCCUGGGCCCUGGCCUCUCUCUCUCCCCCCUCUCUUUCUCUCUCUAAAACUAUUAAGAGGAUGUGUUCUUUCUCUUUCCUUCCUUUUGGGGUUCCUGGCUUCUCCGCCGUUACCCAGAGGUGUCUGAAGAUUCAAAUUAAUUAGAUUUUUGUAUGGGGAAGAGAAGAAACCCAUAGAUUUUUUAUCCACUUUUAUUAUUAUUAUUAUUAUUAUUACUAUUUGUUAUUUUUUGUUUUCUUGAUCGGCAAGCGGCAAGCGGCAAGCGGCAGGCGGCUAUCGGCAAUUGAAGAAGAGAAGAGCAGGUAAGAGAAUGGAGAGCAUUGCUCUAUGGCUAGGGCUUUCUCUUUCUACUCUUCUCUCGUGGAUUGUCGUGGCGUCGUACUUCAAUAUCACCCAGAAGCUUAGAUCUCUCAUCCAACCAUGGGUAACCCGCCGUGUCAUCGCAGACACCCCUCUCAUCCUUCAGAUCCAGAGCUUCCAGCAUCGUUUCUUGGAUGCCUUGUUUUCUGGUAUCUCGUGCGUUGUCUCCGUGCCCUUCUACACGGCCUUUCUUCCUCUGCUCUUCUGGAGUGGGCACAGUAAAUUGGCCAGGCAGAUGACCUUGUUGAUGGCUUUCUGUGAUUAUAUAGGAAACUCCGCCAAGGAUGUAGUCUCAGCUCCUAGACCCAGUUCUCCUCCCAUUAGGAGGGUAGCUGCUACCGAAGAUGAGAAAGAAAACGCAUUGGAAUACGGAUUGCCUUCUUCCCACACUCUUAACACAGUUUGCUUGGCUGGAUACUUGUUGCACUAUCUUCUGUAUUCCGCCGAUAAUACUGAUGCUACUCAAGUAAUGGCUGGAGUUACUCUGGGCUGUUUGUUUGUAGGACUCAUUGGCUUUGGAAGGAUUUACCUUGGCAUGCACAGCGUGGUCGAUGUCCUAGGUGGGCUUGUCGUGGGACUGGUGAUCCUUGCCUUUUGGCUCACUGUUCAUGAAUAUUUCGACAGCUUUAUAGUCUCUGGGCAGAAUGUCUCCUCCUUCUGGGCUGCCCUUAGUUUCUUAUUGCUCUUUGCGUAUCCAACCCCAGAGCUUCCCACACCAAGUUUUGAGUAUCAUGCAGCUUUCAGUGGUGUUUCGCUUGGAAUAGUCACGGGAGUCCAGCAAACUUACCUUCAGUUUCACCACGAAGACGUGCCACACAUCUUUAGCCCACAACUUUCGUUCCCAGUUUUUGUAGGAAGGGUGCUUGUGGGCAUUCCUACAAUAAUUAUUGUGAAGUUCUGCAGCAAGGCACUAGCUAAAUGGAUACUUCCUGUGGUGGCAAACACUUUAGGAAUCCCAAUAAAAUCAUCCAGCUACAUCCCUCAACUAAAUAGUUCUGUAAGUGGUACGAAAUCUAACGGAAGCCAGAAGAUGUUCUACUUUCCUCAGGAUUCUUUUGAUGUUGACACGGGCAUAAGGUUCCUCCAGUAUGCAGGUCUUGCAUGGUCGGUAGUUGAUCUCGUCCCAUCUCUAUUUGCUCACCUACGGAUGUAACGAACAAAUGCCUGAGUAUUGACUUAACUGCACCUCCGCUUACUGAGGGUUGCAAUAUUGAUUUUGUUUAUCACACAGAAUUCUUAGUCAAUCCGGAGAGGUCAUUGUACUAUUAUAUAUGUAUAUACUCAAGCCAUCAUUCGACCUACAAAUUGGCUCAUCAGUACGAGGUAUGAUCUUGCUUUGGAA